AUGGCCACCUGCUGGCAGGGCCUGUGGGCCUAUCGCUCCUACCUGAUUGUGUACUUGCUGCCCAUUUUCCUGCUGCCUCUGCCCAUCCUCAUCCCCAUGAAGGAAGCCUACUGUGCCUACUCCAUCAUCAUCAUGGCGCUCUUUUGGUGCACCGAGGCUCUGCCCCUGGCUGUCACCGCCCUCUUCCCCAUCGUCCUGUACCCCACGAUGGGCAUAAUGGAUGCUUCCGAGGUGUGCAUCGAGUACUUUAAGGACACCAACAUCCUGUUCGUCGGGGGGUUGCUUGUGGCCAUCGCUGUGGAGCACUGGAACUUGCACAAACGCAUUGCCCUCCGCGUGCUCCUCAUCAUUGGCGUCCGGCCUGCCCUACUGCUGUUGGGCUUCAUGUUGGUCACGGCCUUCCUGUCCAUGUGGAUCAGCAACACAGCCACCACGGCCAUGAUGGUGCCCAUCGCGCACGCCGUUCUGGAACAGCUAUACAAGACGCCCGCAAGCAAGAAUGUAGAGGAGGGCAGCGACAACCCCACCUUUGAACUCCAGGAAUCAAGUCCCCAGAAAGACGUGACCAAGCUUGAUAACGGGCAGGCCCACCCUGUUCCACCUGCGUCCUCAGCACCGAAGGUAGAGAAAGACAGACAGCAGAUCCGGUUUAGCCAGGGCAUGAGCCUGUGUGUGUGCUACGCAGCCAGCAUCGGGGGCAUUGCCACGCUCACCGGCACCACACCUAACCUGGUGCUGCAAGGCCAGGUCAACUCGCUCUUCCCUCAAAACGGCAACGUGGUGAACUUCGCCUCCUGGUUUGGCUUUGCUUUCCCCACCAUGGUCAUCUUGCUGCUGCUUGCCUGGCUGUGGCUGCAGGUCCUCUUCCUGGGGUUCAACUUCCUGAAGAACUUUGGCUUCAGCGGACAGGAGCAGAGCCAAGAGAGGGCAGCCUACCACGUCAUCCAAACAGAACACAAGCUGCUGGGCCCCAUGACCUUUGCCGAGAAGGCUGUCUCUGUCCUCUUUGUCACCUUGGUGGUGCUCUGGUUCACCCGGGAGCCCGGAUUUUUCCUUGGCUGGGGCAACCUGGCUUUUCCCAAUGAGGAUGGGACAAGCAUGGUGUCCGAUGGGACAGUGGCCAUCUUCAUUGGCAUAAUUAUGUUCUUGGUGCCCUCCAAGAUCCCGGGGCUGACUCAGGAUCCAGAAAAACCAGGGAGGCUGAAGGCCCCUCCCGCCCUCCUCAACUGGAAGACAGUGAAUGAGAAGAUGCCUUGGAAUAUCGUACUCCUGCUGGGUGGUGGCUUUGCCCUGGCCAAGGCCAGUGAGAAAUCAGGACUGUCCGAGUGGCUGGGGGACAAGCUAACCCCGCUACAGAAUGUGCCACCUCCCGCCAUUGCCUUCAUCCUCUGCCUGCUGAUUGCCACCUUCACUGAGUGCACCAGCAACGUGGCCACCACCACACUUUUCCUGCCCAUUCUGGCCUCCAUGGCUCAGGCCAUCUGCCUCCACCCUCUCUACGUCAUGCUCCCCUGCACGCUCUCUGCCUCCCUGGCCUUCAUGCUGCCUGUGGCCACCCCCCCCAAUGCCAUAGUCUUCUCUUAUGGAGGCCUCAAAGUGUCUGAUAUGGCGCGCGCAGGGUUCUUGCUCAACAUCAUCGGCGUGCUGGUCAUCACGCUGGCCAUCAACAGCUGGAGCUUCCCCAUCUUCAGCCUGCACACCUUCCCCUCCUGGGCCUACUCCAACGCCACAGCCCACUGCAUUGCCAGCCAGGCAAACACCACAACACCUCUCCCCUAG